UGCAGGGGUUUUCAACGCGCGAAGCACACGCGGCGUAUACGCAACGCGGCUAAAUAGCUCUACGAUAGUCCAAAAAAGACGAAAAAUUACGCGAACUGAAUAGGUAGUACGAAAAGGAAAAAAAGUGGAAGGAAUAUAUAGAGAUCCAAAGACUCUCAGGCACGAUAUGAUGCAUGAGCCGAAAGCGGGUUUAAUAUGUAAACUCCUUAAAAGCGCUGAGUUUUCAGCAUCAAAAGUGCAGCGGCGUUAAUUUGCCCAAUAAAAUGCAACCAUCUACGAAGAGCAACUAGCACAGCCAUAAAUAUCAUCAGCCACUGAGCGUUGUAGAGCAAUGAAACGAGUUUUCCCUUGGGAAAAGACAAAGACAAAGCCAGUAGCAAGGGGGGAAAAAUCAACUGGGAAAACGCAGCGGGUGCCGUGCCGCAUUUAGAGGCAGUCAAACUGGCAGCCAUCGGGCACAGUUCUUCCUGAGAUCCUAAGUCUCCGGCUCCUGCCACCCGACAUCCUGCCACCCGACUCCUUGAGCCGAGCACUUCCGCUUCUUAUCGCGGCAAUGUAAACGCGUUUCCGUUUAGGACUCAAUCCCAGGCUCAUUUCGCAGCAUCGGGAACGGCAUUAAACUAGCAGCUCGGCGCUGGAUUACAAGUAAAUUGGAAAGGAUUUGAAGAUGAGCCUGCUGCGCCUGCUUGGUGCCCUGCUGCUGGCCACAUUUAAUGGAAUGGCACCUGUGCCCGCGGAGGGAUUGCACCUGUCGAACCUCUCCGUUCCGCGCAUUAUCGACGUGGCCCAAAAGGCGAAACUCUUCUGCAGCUACGCGAUGGGCAAUCGGACGCUGAACUCUGUCAAAUGGUACAAGGAUGGCCUCGAGUUUUUCAGAUACUCGCCACUAACGCCGCCGACAACAAAUUGGUUCCCCGUUAAAGGUGUCACCAUCGCCGACGGUUCGCCGCAUUGCAAUCAAUUCAUCUGCAACGUGGAGCUGGAAAAGCUCAGCGCCCACUCUUCGGGCCAAUACAGAUGCGAGGUGUCCGGCGAUGCGCCCGAGUUCAAGCUGAUCGAUCAGACGGCCAAUAUGACAGUAGGAGUGCUACCCAAAUUCGAUCCGUACAUCUCGGGCGUUCGACAUGCCUACAAAUAUCACGACUAUCUGGUGGCUAACUGCAGUUCGGAAAUGUCCAGUCCAAUGGCCAAGUUAGUGUGGUAUAUUAACAAUAAAACGGCACCUGGGCACAGUUUGCAGCCGCAAAUCAACGAAGUCUCACGCAACGCCGACGGAUUUCACCUGUUCGCCAGCCACCUGCAGUUGCGUCUCCACCUGGACGACCAGCGCUUCAUCAGCAAGAGUGAAAUGCUGGAAUUGCGCUGCACGGCGGAUAUCAUGGGACUGGCAGCGGUAAGGAGGGAGAGCAGGGUGCGAACCACUAUACUGGCACUCAAGGACGCUGGCACUAAGCAGAGACUCACAGAGAAUGGAUCCUGCAUCACCGGACAACCAGCUUCUUUGGCCGCCUGGCUUUUGAGCCUUGUACACAUUCUACGCUGGCACGGCUCUCAGAGUUAGUGGCUGGCAUUAACAGGCACACUUUUUGUAGCCUAAACUAACUAGAAUUUGGUCUCUCAGUGCAUACGAUGUAAAAUCAACAGAAAAUGGGAGAAACACAGAGAGGGUGCAAAAAAAUAUAAAUUGGGUGAUUCGCACCAUUUUUCGAGCCAAAAUGAAAAGUUAACAAGCCAAGGCAGCAGCAACAGUUGAAUUUGUAUAUAGUCGAAAUCGAAUUAGUCUAGGUCCGAGAGCAGGAAGCCCAGCCAUUUCCUACAUAUGUAAGUGUAAUGAAACAUUUAUUUUAUGUGUGAAAAACAAGCAGCCAUCGGAAAUGCGAAACCGAAAAAUCAACAUAGAAUGAAAACUAUGAAACAUAAAUCUAAUAUAUAUAGGUAUCUAAACGUAAAAUUUGCUACCAAAUACGAUUAAAUGUCAGAAUAAUUUAAAUAGAUGGUGGAAAAUUCGAAUAUCAACAAAUUUACACAUGAAUAUUUGAGCACAGAAAUAAAAGGAACACACACAAUCAAUGGCAAUUAAACUUAAUUAUUGUAUGUGAAUUGUUAAUUGUAUUAAAUGAUGUAUGGGAAAUAAAUAAAUACAAAUAAAAGACUAAGCAAAAAAAGGUGUUUUUAACAAUACUUUAAUUUAUUUAAAAAUUCCCAAAAUUUGUAUUAAAAUUUCACGUUUUGCUUUUAUUUAUUGCGUCUUUCAAUGUCCCUGAGAACCGAUUUAUAUGAAGGCAUCCUUGGUCUCGGAAAACGCUCUCUGUAGUUUAGACCUAAACUGCCUAAGUGGAUCUCUGAGGGAAAGCUAUUUAACACGGGAUAAAUCACGAUAUCAUCUAUCUUGUUCUUUUCCUUUUUAUUGUUGCAACAAUUUUUAGAAUUUUUCAAUAGAUUCCAGCAGCAAAAAAGGCAGCUCAGUGCCAUUGAAAGUCGAAUCAUAUAAAAAUAACUUUGUAUAUCCUUAUUUUCCAUAUAAACCAAUAUCCUUUGAAUCAGACAGCCUGAUGUAUCCCAAAGUAAUGCCAACGCAAGAUAAACUAUUACUCCGUGGAGGAUUGUUAGCACUGGGUAAUGCCACAUGGUGCUAUUCCUUGGAUAUUUGGUUCUGCAAAGUGGCCCAACUUCGAGUAGAUAAUUAUGAAUGGCCACAGUGCAUAAAGCAGAACUUAAAUCUGGAUCCUGGCAGCUAAAUGGCUGCCACAAGACUUUCCUUAUGUGAAUCAUUUCUAUAAGAACUAGUAAAACAAUGUAAAAUAAUCGUUGCAUUUUGAAUUGAUGAAAAAAUAACAAAUUUAGCUGCCAGAAAAAAUA